GAUUUAGUGGUUAUGGAGAAAGAAGUCAACAUUGGGAUAGAGUUUAAUUAUUAAAUUCUAUUUCUCAAUUAUGUUUGCGUUUUUGUGAUAAAUGGCGAUUAUUUUUAUUAGCUUCGUAUUAUAAAGUUCGUAAUAUAAAAUGUAAACAUGUAUUCUAUUGAUAUUCAGGCCAGUCUAUUGUAAUGUCAGACAUGAGUAAAUUAAAAAGCUUUAGUGUUCCCGAGGAGGCAUUUGAAAGUUUUCAAGCCGCAUCUAUUCAUAAAGAAAUGGAUUUAAAUGCUAAGAAAUUGUCUAUUCCGAUACCGGCUUGUGCAAGCAACGUAGAGAUAUCAUCUACCAUAGCAGAUGAAGUCCAGAGUGUAAACAGUACAUCAACGUCUCACGACACCGCACCGACGGUGGAAUCAUCGAAAAUAUGUUUAAAACAUAAAGCCCAUAAUAUGUCGCAGAAUAAAGAUAUCGACAGUACAUUGAAAGAUCAACAAGUGAGCACUACACAAGAGUCUUCUGAAACUGUCAAUGAAGAAGAUGACUUACAAGAUAAUCUUGAGAAAUAUCAAGUACUUUUUGAAACGAACAUUAAACCCCGACGAUUAAGAGGACGACCUUUGAAACGUAGGAUCGGAAGACCUAAACAAAAGUUACAGCUAAAAAAACAAGAAAACAACACAGAGCCCCGUGACAAAAUUGAGGCUACUGAAGAGAUUUUAAUCACCAAGUACUACACAUUGACAGAAAAUCAAGUUGCUGAUAGUACAACUUCCCAAAUACCCAAUAAAACAAAUAUUGACCAUGAGAAUGGCACACAAGAAAACAAACCUACUAUAUGCGCAAAACCUGAACACAUUAUUAAUUCUAAUACUGAAGAUAGUUUAAAUAAAAUUGAUAACAAUAUGCACACUGUUAAAUUAAACAAUGGUUCUAUUUUACACACUCCAGAUUGUGUAGAAAUUAAAUAUAAUAAUGAAAGUGAUGAUGAUCCUGAUGAAAUUUCAUUGAGUAAAUUGAAAAAAACUUUGACAGACCUUGAUAAUGAAAAUGCUCUGGUAAAAUCAGAGGAGACUGAAUCACAAAUUUUAAAUGAAGUGAAAGUAAUUAAAACCGACAAAAAUACGAAAAUAAAACCAUCCCAAAUGUUAGUCCCAGUUGUAGUUGUAGUUGAUGAUAAUAAUGUAAAAGUGCAGACAGAAGAAUCACCAGUAGUUGAUAUUGCCACUUCAAGUGAAAGCUCGAGUGGUAGACCACAGCGUAAAAGAGGCAAAGUUAAACUUCAUUAUGAUGAUGGCUCAGAUGAAGAUCCUUUUGCUAACAUAGAAAUAUCUGAUGAUGACAAUGAACCGAGAAGAUCAAAAAAAAGCAAGAGAUAUAACUCUGAUGACGAAUAUAUACCAGAUGAAAAAUGUGAAAAAAAAAUAUCAACAGAUAGCGAUAUUGACAAAGAUGAAGAGGAAUUGAAAAAACCGAGAAAAAAGCGAAAUAACAAGGGCUUAAAGAGAAAACAAAAAAAUUCUGAUUCUGAAACGAUACUUGAUUGUAGUCAAUCGAUUGAUAUAUUUCAAGAUAAAUGUACUCAACAAGAUGAUGACAUGGAAGUCUCUAUAAUAAAUUCAGAGGUAAAAAAAAUUAGCAGUAGCUGUAACUCCUGGGGUAACACUAAUGAAUUCGAAAAUUUUCUAGCCCAAAAAAUUCAAGGCACUAAUUUAAAAAUAAAAAGAGUGACUAAUAAGGAAAACAGUGCAAUCACACAUUUGGAAAUCCCUGUUAUUGAUUCUUUCGCUAAAACUGCUGAUGUUUAUUCACAAACAAACAUUACAAAACAUUCUUCUACUGGAGUACAAACAACAUCUCAUUCUGAGAUUCACAUGGAAAAAAGUGUACCUCUCACAACUGUACAAGCAGAAGAAGCAUGUGAAUUUUUAACAGACAUGGUAAAAGCUACCUCUAAAUUAGGUGAACUGAUGACACAAAAAUCAGAUGAUUUUGUGCAGAAAAAAAUCAACACCACUAAUCUGACUGACACAGUCAAAAUGGACCAUUACGUUAAAAAAUCACUUUUGCUAUUUAAACUUGCAAAAGAUAGUAUUAUGGACAUUGAACAAAAUUUGGCCAUGAAAUAUGAAGAUUUUCUGAAAGAACAUAAAUUAUCGAGGUAUGCAUCAGUUCCAAAAUUAAUAACACCUACAGUGGCAUUGAAAGACAAUGAUAGCGACUGUGAAAUUGUUGAAGAAACUAAAGAUCAUAAACAAAAUGCCAAGGGAAAAAAUCAGUCAAAACUUAAUCUUAAGACUGUGUUUCUUAAUAAAGAAUUGUCAAUAAAAAUUGCCAAAAAGCCAAGUGAAGAACAAAAGAUUAAAACUAAAAUUAACAUAAAAGGGAAAAAUCCAGUGUGGAUAAGUGAUUCGGUGUUAGUUAAAAAAGUUAAACCGACACAGUCUUUUUUAGCCCAAGAUAGCCGAAAUAAAAAACCUCCUGAUAUAUAUGUCACAAAUGAAAUGGUAAGUGAUUUUUUUAAGGAAUAUUAUCAGGCCAAUGCACUGACUUGUGAUUAUUUACUCCAACCCGAGUGGCAGAAUUGGAGUAAUCAGAAGAUCUGGCAGAAUAGAGUUUGGUGCUUUUACUUCAGUGUUGAAACAAACAACAAUGACUUUACAUAUUUUCAAAGUUCAGUAAAUGCUGUGAGUGUCAAUGAUAAUACUAAUACAAAUGCAAAUUGUGAUACUGUCACAAUAUGUAUAAAUCCAAAAAGCCUAUUUAUGUUAAGUAUUCAGGCUUUACAAAAAAAAAAUAUUGAAAUAAAAAAUAAUGAUGUGAGCCAUAAUGCGAUUGGUCAUAAACAUGAUACUAUUGCAGAUUUGAAGAUCUACAAUGCCGAAAAAUUGAGCAGUUUGUGUCUUCAUAAAAUAAAACAUGUUUUUUAUAAUACUCGUCCUAAUAUAGAAACAGUACCGAAAACUAACGUAAGUUUGCAAGAUGAAAAAGUUUCCAGUCUUAAAAUUUUGUGCUACCAUCGAAUUAUUAAAAAAAACUUCUUAUUCAACAAUUCAAGAAAAAGUGACAAUACAUGUAUAAGAGAAAAGGAGUGUAAUCUUGCAUCUCAAAAGAAGAAUAUGCCUUUACUGUAUACUUCUGAUAGAAAAUUAGAUUUUGAUACAAAUAUUCAAUCUGAUAAUAGUGGUGCUCUAGUGUUCAAAUCCAAGAAUAGUUUAAUUGUGAAUACAGUUGCUCCUUUGCAAACUUUGUGUUACCACACAAUUAUACAAAAAAUGUAUAUGUCUUCAAUUAGAAAAAAUAAUAACACUUUAAUGAUACAUCAAGACAAGAAAAUUGAAAAUCUUCAAUGUAGUAAAGUGAACUCCUUACUUUCCUUGUGUUUAAAAGUUAUAUGGUGUUACCAAAAAUGUAACAUAAAAAGUAAUAGAUCUAAUAAAGAAAAUAACAAGGCACUGUGUAAACAAGUUGAGACAUUAAUCUCUCUUUGUUUAAAUGUCAUACAAAGCAACCAAAAAAUUGAUGUUGGUUGUAUAGAGGACAUAAAUAAACUUAAAAAUAAAAAUAAUACCAUGUCACUAGAACAAGUCAAGAACAUUGAUGACAUAGACAACAGUAAUAAUUUGAGCCUGAAGCAAAAUGAUGUAUAUGACAAAUGUAUAGAAGAUAAAUUUGAAUACAUCGAACCAAAGUCUUUGAAAUACAAUGCAUUGUCUUCCCUACUACAUAUUAUGUCUAACCAGAAAAAUGUGAAUGUUAGCAAUCUCAAAUCUAACACAGAAAAUACAUCACAUACAAAUCAUGAUAAUUAUUUGGAACAUUUCGAAAAUAAACAUGAAAAAGGAAAUAAUUUGAUAAAAUCUGUACCAUUUGUGUCCAAUCCUGUGAGUGUGAAACCAUUGUUUCAACUUUGUUACGAAAGAGUCAAAUUUAUUUGUAAUAACGAAAAUAUGCUGGAUCAAAAUUCUGUAUGUAACAGUAUACAAAUAAAUUCCGUGAACACAGUACCUGAAGAAGUAUUUUUCAAUAUUCAAAAUGUAACAUCCAAUUUUGAAGAUUGUCAUGUAAAUAGUGAUGACGAGGAACACAUUUGUGAUGAUUACUUAUUUGAUAGUUAUAGUGAAAGUGAAACCCACAUAGAAGAUUAUAAUUCUGAAUCUAAGCAACUAAUGGAAGAAGUUAUCCCUCCAACUCAAACUAAUCAUAAUAAUUGUUUUGACCAUGGAGAAAAUACACUCACUGCUGAAAUUAGUAAUACAUCUAUACCGCAUAUAAAAAUAGAACCAAUAGAAAAUUAUAUGGAGGAAAAUAUUGCUGAAAUUAAAACAGAACCAGACGCAGAUUUGAUGCCCCGAAUUCAGUGUAUACAAGCGGCAAAAUUGGAAAAUUUCUUUGAGACACCCAAUAUUCAUAAUGAAGUUGUAUCGAGUUUUUGUCAUGAAUUUGAUUCUAUCGAACCUUUGCUAAAUCCAAAAGGAAUAAAACAAGUGAUAGGCGAUAAAAACAAUCAUGAACAAAAAGUUUUUAGUCAAAGCUCAUUAAGAAUACGCAGACAGUUUGAACCCGAUUCUGAUGAUGAAAACGAUAAUAACAUGAGCUUAUUGGUCCCAGACACGUAUGAGCCCUUAGAUAACGUAAUGAUUGGAGAUAUUAUUCCAAGUGUAAAUCAUUUACUAGAAGAAGAAGAGAAAAUUGAAAAGAAGAAAAAGAGAAAAGAGAAGCGGAUUGAAAAGAAAAAGAACAAAUCUAGAACUUCAGUUUCUAAAGAUAUAGACGGUAUAGAUGAACAAAUAUCCAAUAAAGAAAUUGAUGUUAUUAAAGAAAAGGCGAGUGAUAAAAUAACACAAGACGAGGAAGAAGCUGAAAGUUCAGAUUCUGACUCAUUAAGUAUGGUUUUGAGUUCCAGAAGGAAGAAGAAAACCGAAAGGGAUAUUGAAACCGAACUUCAAACAAACAGUGAACAAAAAGCCACCACUGAUGAAAUACAAUGUAAUGAUGUUGAUUCCACUCAGGAAAUGAAUGAAAAUUAUGAACCAAAUGAAGAAGAGAAUAAUACAGAAAAGAGGCUUACUGGCUUACAGGAAUAUAAUAAAUAUGUUAAUGAUCUUUAUUCAAAAUUUAAAAAGAAAGACAAGCUAAACGCGACCAGGGAAGCAGAUGCUACAGGUAACGAACAAUGUCAAGAAGAAACAGAAGAAAUGGAUAGAUCUUUUUCACCUGCAUUAAAUUCUGAUGAGCCUAUCGAAUUACUGCAAUGCGAACCUAGUUUACCAUUCUUAGUUGAUAUAAUCGAGAACAGGAAAAGCAAAAAAAAUGUAAACAAAUCUAAAACAUUAGAAUCGAAUGGAGACAAUAUCAGUGUUCUUACGGCUUCUGAUUCAAGUCAAAAUACGUUUAAUUUGAAAUACAUCGUUAAUAAUGAUAGCAAGUUAUGUCAACAAGCAAUUGUGGCUUUAGAAAAAUUACCAGAAACGGUUACAAAAGCCUAUUUUAAAUCCCAAGGUAUUAAAUACAGAGAUAACAAUUCAUUUAAAAGGGAAGAAAUUCUUUCCUUAUUAGAUCAAACUGAAAGUGAGAAAGCAAAAAUUGAAGACAGGUCCAAUAUUCAAGCCAUCAAAAAUAUAAUGAUCGAAAACGACGACGAAAGCAAUGAUAGUAAUUCAAUGGCACCAUUUGGAGAAGAUACAAACGAUAUCGAAUCAUUGCCAGAUGUCCCAAUUUGCGAGAGACCAAUAAACUCUUCUAAGCCAGAAGACUGUAUAGAAAUGGAACUUGAAGAAUUAGUAAAGAGAGAAGAAGAAGAGAAUAGUAUAAAAGAAGAAUUAUUAGAUGAAGAACUAAAAUAUACAAAGAGUUUGCUGUCUCGCAAAGUUUUGAACGAGACCAAAGAUAAAACAUGUAAUGAUGCAAUAGUAAAUAAUGAUACAACUCUGUUGACUGCUGAUAAAAUGAUGAAGACUGAUCUCUUACUGUUAAAUGGACCUGUUGUUGAGAACAAGGAAAUCACCGUUAACCCAUCAAAUUAUCCUACAAAGAGUAAAAGAAAAUCAGAUGGUACUACGCACAAAGAUGAUAUUAACGCGGAGGACUGCUCUUCAUCGGAGGAGGAGAAGCAAUGGGUUACUACUAAAGAAAAGCUUUUAAAGAGGCAGUUAAAGAAAAAAGAUGAUACAAGUAUGGACGCGGCAAAGCGAGCUAAAAUGGUUAGCCAGUAUGUAACAAAAUGCAAGACGACAGAAUCACGCCAUCGAUAUACACGAAGUGUUCGCUCGAGGAGGGAAAACUUUUUGGAGCGGCAAAAGCAACUCAAAGUUCUAUCCGAAGAGGGUUUCGGUGAAUGUUCAAACGAGCCAUAUCAAUUAGGAAAAAAGAGUUCACAGAGUUUCAGAAAGGGACGACGUAAUAUUAGAAGGGUAAUUGACAAGAAGUCAUUGGCGAACAGUACCUUGUCGGCAAAUAUGGAAGAAUUGAAUCGUAAAAGUAGACUGCUUUAUCGACAGAACAAAUUGAGAGAGAUUUUGGGCUGCGAGGAAGGUGUGAAUGUUGUUGUAAUAAACGAUGAAGUGUGCCUUGAAUACGAUUUUGAAGAAAAUCGGCCCAUUGUCACUGUACAUCAUUUCUUUACGCAAGUCAUGAAGGCACAUCAGUACGAGGGUGUGAAGUUCAUGUGGGACGCGUGCUUCGAGAGCUUGGAGCUGGUGCGCGCGGGGCACGCGGGCGGCGGCUGCAUCCUCGCGCACUGCAUGGGCCUCGGCAAGACGCUACAGGUGCUGGCGCUGCUGCACACGGUGCUAACUCACCCCGACGUGGGCAUACGGCGUGUGCUGGUGGUCUGCCCGCUCUCCACCGUGCUCAACUGGGUCGACGAAAUCAACAAGUGGAUGGGACCCGUCAACAAAAACAUAAAGGUAUUCGAAUUAUCGAAGUUGAAAAAGACGUACGAGAGAGCUUACCAGCUAGAAGACUGGUACACAGCUGGUGGUAUAUUUAUAAUGGGUUACGAAAUGUUCAGGAAUCUAUCAACUUUGGACGCGAUAUUAGACGACAUACGACCGAACAUUGUCAACAAAAUUCGUACCGCGUUAUUAGACCCUGGUCCUGAUGUGAUAAUAUGUGAUGAAGGACAUCUUCUGAAGAACGACAGCUCGGUCCUCGCGGUGGCCAUCAGUAGGAUCAAGACUAAACGACGAAUUGUACUAACUGGUACACCAAUGCAGAAUAAUCUCAGAGAAUACUAUUGUAUGGUGAAUUUUGUAAAGCCUAAUCUACUAGGAUUGUAUUCUGAGUUUGCAAACAGAUUUGAAAAUCCGAUUAUUAACGGUCAACAUCGUGAUUCAAGAGAAGAAGAUAUAAAAUUAAUGAAAGCGCGAACACACAUCUUGCACAAAGUCCUAGAAGGUUGCCUACAGCGGCAAGAGGCUGCAGUACUCUAUCCAUAUCUGCCAAAGAAACACGAAUAUACCGCGUUUAUUCCCUUAACGGAUUGUCAAACGGAGUUAUACAAACAUUAUAUGAAACAUUACGCGCAACAAGCAAAGCACAAUGUACUAAAAGAUUAUCAUAUUCUGCAGAAAAUAUGGACACAUCCGCAAGUGUUGCAUAAUUUUCAAUCAAAAAAUCGAGACGCUAACAGAAUUAAAGUGGAGAAAUUUGAAGACGACCUGGCGUGUGAGGACCUGGCGGCGAACGAGGAUGUAAAGCCCUCGCAGACGGAGGUCUGGUGGCUGGAGUACCUGGAGGGCGGCAACAAGCUGGACUCCCUCGAGAGUUCCAAUAAGCUAUACGCUGUCUUCCGUAUACUCGACGAGUGCAUUGCCCUCGGCGACAAAGUGUUAAUAUUCUCAACAUCGCUGAACACGAUGGACACGCUGGAGUACUUCUUGAAGAAGAUAAAGAAGUGGAGCCUCGGCUGCGAGUACUUCCGGCUGGACGGCUCCGUGCCCGCCGAGGUGCGCCAGAACUGGUGCCGCGAGUUCAACUCCCCGAACAACAAUACCACCAAUUUGUUCUUAAUAUCGACACGCGCCGGCUGCCUGGGACUGAAUAUGACGGCGGCCAACCGCGUCAUCAUCCUCGACACCUCGUGGAACCCCGCGCACGACAUACAGAGCAUCUUCCGCGUGUACCGCUUCGGACAGAAGAAGGACUGUUAUAUAUACAGACUUGUUGCCAUGGGUACAAUGGAGCAGAAGAUCUACGAGCGGUCUGUAACGAAGCAGGCGGUGGCGUGCCGCGUCGUCGACUCGCAGCAGAUCGACCGACACUACAACAUGGAUGAACUCACAGAACUCUACAAAUUCGACGAGACAGGUGCAGGCGUGGAGAGCGGCGUGGCGGCGGGCGUGACGGACGUGGCGCUGCUGCGCGUGGCGCGCGACGCGCCGCUGCACGCGGUGCACGAGCACGACUCGCUGCUGCGCGACUCGCACGACCAGCACCUGCCGGAGCACGAGCGUGCAGCGGCAUGGAAACAGUUCGAAAUGGAACAGGGACACUCACAUAUGGCAAACCAUGAGAACAAUUUAUUAAGAACGCCGACAAAAAAAAAUCAUGGACACGAUUAUCCUUUGUCACCAAGUUUGGCAAAUGAUAAUUCAAACACUUUAAUAGCAAAAUCCAAAGGAAAAAAAGGAAAGAAGUCUAAACCAAAAGAUCAAGAUAUGGUUAAAGAAGAAGUUGUCGAUACAGACAGUCCAUCUACCGAUGCGACUAAUUUAACACCAGAAAUACAACAAAUAAAAAAAAUUCUAGUACAACAGAAUUUAAAAGAUGAUUUAAGUGUUGAAAAUAAUAUUGAACAAUUGGUAGAACAUGUGCAAAAAGUAGCCGAAGCUCGUUUAAGAGGUGAAAAAUGCCACGCAGCCCCUUUGGUGGAUAGUUUAGCUCGAGUGUUUCUCAAAAUGAAAGCCAAAAACAUGGCCACUGCGGAUGUUCAAACGCCGACAUCGGUUGUUGAUAAAGAGGGACCUACCAUAAGGGAAAAUAAUCGUAAAGUUUACAAGAAUAAAAGAAAACGUCAAAGUGAUAUUACUGAAAAAAUACCAGUAGAUAAUAUAGAAGAAACCGCCAACAUUGUAGAUAAUAAAAAAAGAAGAGCAGCUAUCAAAGCUAAAGAAUACAUGAAUUCUAUAAAUAUAAAAGAAACUAACGAUGAAGAUGGAAGUUGGUCGCAGGAAGAUUUUUGUGCCACUUCAGAUACGAGGCAAAGGAAAAGGAAUACAAUUGAUUCUGAUGAAGAAAACGACCAAGCGGUUAAUUUACGAUCGUCCGAUCAAAUAUCUACAGAAGAUGAUAAUAAAACAGAUAAAGCAGACAAAUCUGAAACACUUAUGGUUGAAAUACCUGAUGAUGAAGACCCAUCGUUAAAGAGUAUCGUUUUAAGUGAUGAUGAAACAGUUUUAGAAGAAGAAACUAAAUCAGCAGAGAGCAUAGAAGAUUGUGCUACAGUUGAGAGUGAUGAAGAACGUAUACCUUUACACGCAUCUCUGUUAGUAAACCAAUAUUUUAUUAAAGUAGUCGCCAAUAAAUACUUAGAGGGAAACCCCUUACUGGAUAAAGAUGCAGCGCUCCAUGCAGCUCGGUACAGUGUACAAAAAGCUUUGAAAGAAAUACAGGAAGAUGGAAAAAAUUUAUACAGCGGUCCGCUAUACGAUAUAGCUGUAAAUUCAAUAGGCAUCGAUAAAUUAAAGCAGCUUCAUGAAAUUUCUAAAAAAACGAAUCCCGAAUCAGAUUCAACGAAACAAAGUAAAGAUUCAACAAGAAAAGAUAAACACGUAGCUAGUCAAUCUGAAUCCAAUCCAGCAAAGGACGACGUUAGUAAAAGCAGAAGAAAGAGUAAAAAUAAAUCCAAACCAAAGUCGGAAAUAGCCAAAGAAAGCGCAAAACGACAAGAACGGAUAAGCUCAACGGAUUCUGAUGAUUUAGUACUUGUGUCAGAUGAAAUGAGUUGUGAAAAAACAAAAAGUAAACAGCCCAUUAGUAACAAAACAAACAAAACUGAACGGGAAUCUCUCAAGUCAACUGUAAAACCGAUCAAUGGUACUUUGACGUCGGCAUCAACAUCUACGUCUGCGCCAGCGACUACACUUGCGCCUGCGCCUGCGUCCAGAAAAAAGCUUAACAUAUCUACAAACCUCCGUACUGAACAAGAUCUAGUAAUUCCUAUUCAGCUGAUUAAAAGUUCAUCCAACUCUACAAUGACAAUGAGAAGACCCUCAACACCCGUGACCGAGGAAUGCAUCCUGCCAGAUGAUGAUGAUGACGUGUGCUAUAUCACGGGCACCACUCCCACUGCAUCCUCCAGCAGGAGCACUGCAUCCCCACUGCACCUCUCCGAAGAACGUUCCGGAGAUGAACAUUCACAUAGGAAAACAGCACCUAUUGCUUCAACUAAAUCAAAUGUACAGCCAACAACCGUCCAAAAGAAAGUACCCCCUCGCUCUGUCGACAGGCCUGCAUCCUCUGUUGAUCUAGACAAUGAAUUAGCAAACUCUGUUAGAUAUAAAGAUAAUCAAAUCAAUACAAAAGGAAAUUCUGACGUAAUCUGCUUAGUCAGCGAGGACGAGGAUGAUAGCAGUGUAAGUUCCGAAGAAUCGCAGCCGAGCACUGAAAAUGGAGCAACUACUUCGCAAUCCCCACUGCCGCCCAACCCGGUGUUCAUAUCGAUGAUACCCUCACAUACCAUUGCCGCACCUUCUGCAACUAAUCAAACGCUCAGCCAAACUCAAAUAUUGAACUCUACCAAAAGCAACGCAACUAUUGGAAUUAUAAACCAAAAUCCACUACUUACACCAGUCUCUUUCUCCCACGUACAGUGUACAAAUAACGCAUUCACUUCAAAUGCAAACGGUUUUUGCAAGCCCGGUGAUCUCAUAAAAAUUAAUCAAUCCGGUGAAAUGUUUUUGUUGAAUCCAAACCAGACUUCCGUCACGAGACUUUUACCAACUCCUAUGCCGACCGUACAAAACACACCCAUAAAUACGGCGAACUCGAUAGUGGGUAAAGUAGCAAUUAGAGCGCUCCGACAGAACCCACCACCUCUGGUUCAAACAAAAAGAGGCGGAUCAAGAAAGGUCCCUUCUGUGUCCGGGACAAUCGCACAAGACAAACCAGCUUCGAUGGCACCAAAACUAACUAUAGCUCCACUUGAACCAACUAAGAAAAAAGAUAAACCGGCGGUUAACCAUUCGAUUGUAUCAUAUUACCCUAACAAGAAAAUUAAAGUAAUAGAUUCGAAACGAAACAAUGAAGUUAUAACAGAUUGUCUCGACCUGACAGAUAAUGAUUAUAGUGAUGUUCCAAAAAAACCGGCCAAUAAAUACAAUAUCACGAAUGUUGCACCUCAUGCAAGUAAUGUUAAGAGAACUGUCUCCGUGGUCGGCUCGCCCAAAGAUUUCAUGAUUGUUCGCUCAGGGCACCGGUCGAAACUGGAAACAUUAUUAUCGCGAAAACGCAAAGAACCCACGAUGCCCGCACUCGGUCGAUUAGACCUCAAGAAAAAGUUAACGACACCAGAAGUCGCUGGUCCGUCGAAGAAGACGAAAACACCGCCUACCAAAAAGUUUACCUUGCAAGACUUCAACAUUGAUAUAGAUGACGACAUUAUAGAACUCGAAUAGUCGUACUUUA